UUUCCCUGUCUCAAAGAUCUGAAUAGGUAUCAGAGCGCGUUGACAAUCUCUUUUUUUGAUCAUCGAUUUGUUCUCUCUUUCUUGGCUAAAAAGUUUCUAUCUACACGACUCUCCAUGGAUUCAACAAGAAAUUCAGCUUCUUCCAACUCCACGGGAUGCUUUACGGAUCAGAAAAAGCGAAAGGCACUCUAUGAGGUGUUUAAGAAACUCAGCGGUGUUGAUUGCCAAAGAAACGAGGGUAACGUUGUAGAAGGCGUAACGUGUUAUUAUGGUGAAAUGAACAAGGAACAGUUUCAUGUAGCCAUAUUCCAGACUGACAAAAAUGAGAGCUUGUUUUCAGAGAGGGUCUUCGAUUUGUUCGACACAAAUCAUGAUGGAUUACUUGGGUUUGAGGAGUUUGCCCGAGCUCUCUCUGUCUUUCAUCCAUCUGCUCCUAUAGAUGAUAAAAUUGACCUUUCGUUUCAGCUAUAUGAUCUUAAGCAGCAAGGUUUUAUCGAAAGGCAGGGGGUGAAACAACUGGUGGUGGCUACUCUUGCUGCGUCCGGCAUGAGCCAGUCAGACGAAAUCGUAGAGAGUAUAAUCGACAAGACAUUUGUGCAAGCUGACACAAAACAUGAAGGGAUGAUCGAUGAGGAAGAGUGGAUGGACCUAGUUUUUAGACAUCCUCUUCUUCUGAAGAACAUGACUCUCCAGUAUCUCAAGGAUAUCACAACUACAUUUCCGAGCUUUGUGUUACACUCGCAAGUGGAAGAUACCUGA